AUGAAUUUCUCUAUGAAUUUAUCGAUUUAUCCAUCAGUCAUACCAAACGAAAUUCGUGUCGAUAUUGAAAACAUGCAGAAAAGACUUGGUUAUCAUAUUAAAAAUAUCAAUUUACUUCUUCAAGCUUUAACAAGGCAAAGUGCAAUUCGCCAAGGUAUACACUAUGCUAGUAAAAGCAACAAUCAACGAUUGCAAUGGGUAGGUAGUAAUAUGUUUCACAGUGGGAUCGUUUAUAAAUUGUACGAAAAAUACGCUAAUAAUAGUUACAUUAGUACCGAUUACUUAAACAAAGUAGCAAUUAAUAUUACAUCCAAUAUGGCGUUAGUUGCUGAAAUUGGUAAACGAAUUGGUUUAGCAAGUUGUGUCUUUCGUGGAUCAGAUGAGGAAAUUAUCACUUCAGAAAUAUUAGCUCAUACAUUUUUGGCCAUCUUAGGCUCGAUAACACUCGAUGACGGCGGUCAAAAAGCAGUGCAUGAUGUUAUUGAACGCCAUUGGAAAUGGUUUCUUGAUAAUCCUGAAGAGUCAUUUAAAAGACGGCCCUCAUCAUUUCAUACCCGUAUGCCACCUCGUUCAGCGACUAUGCCUUCACGACAAAGAAUUCGUAGUUCUGAUUUCCCAAAUCAUGGCACUGAAGUCUUAUAG